UCAAGUUCACCUAUGGCACACUCAAUCGCCAUAAAUAAGCAUAGCGAUCUUCUCUUCUUCCAUCAUUCGUCGUUCUCCACUAAUGGCUGGACACAUUUGGAAUAUAGCACAACUGGCUCAGGUUUCUAUCUUGAAAAAGCCAGGCCUGUGGGAACCCCUCAACAUACCUCCCACCAUACGGUCAAUUAUUUGCCUCAACUUGCCUAGCUUUUCCGGUGGACUUAAUCCAUGGGGCAUGCCAAGCAAAAGGAGACUCAGUGGGAAAGAAUGGACAUUUCCGUAUGUUGAUGAUGGAUUUCUCGAGAUUGUUGGAUUCCGAAAUGCUUGGCAUGGCGCUGUUUUAUACGCUCCAGCUGGACACGGGACCCGUCUUGCACAGGCUAGAGGAAUCCGUUUCGAAUUUCGUAAGCGUGCAACUGACCAUACAUUCAUGAGGAUGGACGGGGAGCCAUGGAAACAACCUCUGCCUAACGAAAACGACACUGUUACUAUAGAGAUUUCAUGUUCUGGUCAAGUGAGCAUGCUAGCAACCGGAAACCACCCAUCCAAAAGUGUGAAUGACCCUUCUACCCCUCGCACGCCUAAGGAUAACGAGUGUGACAGUGAUGAAGAAGAGGCUGUUGAAGACAUAUCCGAAGCACAAAAAAAGUUUGGUGCAGCUAACAGUUUCCAAUUGCCUGAAGACUUUCAUAUAUCUCAAGUGAGUUAGUUAUUUGGUAUGAAUUUGUUCAUUCUUGGGGUCCUAGCGCCGAUAUAUAUAUUUGACUAUAAGUAUUGUUUGAUUUGUUCAUAUGGCAUUGGUUUGGAAGUUUAGUUGGACACUGACUAGAAUUGUAAAUCAUUAGUGAACCUUGUAGAUUUUAAAGUAAAGAAAGAGACUCAAUGGUAUAAUGCAGUUUGGAUGUCA